ACAACAACUUUUUAUUCAACUAUUACAGAGAUUAGAGAACAAACUAUUGACUUUUUGAAUAACGACACAAAUCCAGCCAAUUGCUGAUAUCAACCAUGCCGACAAGAAAACAACUAAUAAGGUUGAUGCUUUUCUGAAUUAUAGCCAUUCAUGAUCAAGAUUCUUCAAAUAAUUAUCGAGCGCAGCUAUGACAUUUAAGACAUAUCGCACCUCGUAGAAUUAAGUUUCAUACCUACUUGGAUUUAUUGUCACUUUAAUUAGCCGCCAGAGUAAGCAAGCAAGUCAGGCAGUAAAGCAGGAAGAAUUUGGAAGUCCUCCUGGCGACCAGUGUCCAGAGCAAAACCUCCAGCAGAGAGAGUGGAAGGAGAGAGCACAUUCCAUGGCGCACCAGUUUCCAGAAGGGUUUUGACAACCUCGGGAUGGCCAUGCUUGGCCGCGUUCCUAAGAGGGGUAAGGCCCUAAGCGUCAUAUCGAAAAGCAUGGGCUCCGGAUUCUAUCAGAGGCCUGCUUUGAGUUUGUCGGCGUCGCCUCUCCGCGCUGCCAGGGGCGCCACCGUCGCAGUAAUCUUGCACUCUGUCAAAAUGUAUGCACAGCAAGAGGCCCAUCUGCAAUAAAUGGGCUUUUAUAGGCCCAUCUACAAUAAAUGGACUUUUAUAGGCCCAUCUACAAUAAAUGGGCUUUUAUAGACCAAUCUACAAUAAAUGGGCUUUAUAGGCUCAUCUACAGUAACGGGCUUAUAUAGACCCAUCAACAAUGAAUGGACUUAUAGGCCCAUAUAAAAUGAGGCCCAUUGAACAUCGUCCGUAAGGUAACAAACUGCGUCGAAUCAAAAGAAAAAAAAAAUUGUUUUACCUUCGCGCGUUUCAGAAGCGGGAAAGUGUUGAUUUCCGUCGGCGACGCGCUUUGUUGAGAAUCGUGGGGCCAAAAUGACGCCCGCCUUCAGCCUUCUGCACCUUUGUUAAUUCCACGCGCCACUACUCCUUCUCGUCUCUUUCAACGACCCCAACUGGUUUCCUCCUUGCGCCCUCCUCCUCUCCAUGAUUCUACUGCAUUUUUCUUCUCCAAAUUGUUUCUAGUUCUCUACUCCGUGCCAAAUUGGCUAGAGAUUUUCGUUUUGUGUAUCAUUUUCCUUUCAGUUUUACUAUUAAUCUUUUGUGAGGGUUUCUUUCUUUCCCUUUUCGUACAAAGGAAUAUGGCUUCGAGUUUUGAUCGCUGGGAAAAGGAUCCGUUUUUCUCAGCCGCGGAGGAAGUUCAGGAAUCUGCCGAUAGAAUAGAAUCGACAUAUAGAACUUGGGUACACGCCAUGAAAGAUGGCUCCAGCAUUUGGAACUAUGAUGAGCUCGAUAGGGAUUUACGCACUGCUCUUGGCACCACCAAAUGGCAGUUAGAGGAGUUUGAACGAGCUGUGAAAGCGAGUUAUAUUAACAGCACAAAUGAAGAUCCGAGAAAUAGGCACCGGCAAUUUAUUGUAGCAAUUGAGGAUCAGAUAUUAAAAACUCAAAGUUCAUUACAAGAGUUUUCUCAAUCAAAGGGAAAAUCCUCAAUGCCUUGGAUGCGGCUGGAUGAAGGUGAAAGCAAUGAACUUGCGUUGUUUCUUUCUGGACGUUCCGCAGGUGAAGGCAAAACUGUUGUUAAAAAUGUUGUUAGUGAGAAUGAAAACCCACAGGCGAUGGACGAAGGAUCAGCCCCAGCUUGUUCAAUUAAAUCUCUUCAAUCAAUUGAACAGGGUUCUCAAGAGUGUAGAGAGAAGAAGUCCCAUGGACAUCGGAGGACAGCUAGCGCUAGUCCUGACAUUGGUUCCUGGAAGAUUGCAAUUUCAGGGGUUGAUUUCCAACCAUGUUCUCUUAAUAAACAAACCCAGAAACUUGUACGAAAGAUACCAAGUGUUUCGGGGUUUUUAAAUACUGUUGACUCUGCAUCAAAAUUCAAGUUGCAAAAGAAUGCCUUUUGGAAGUUGAAAGUAGUAGAUAGGCAUCAAGAAACUAAUCCGAUGUUGUUGCAAGCCUCUCAAUCAACUAGGGGUAUAAUUGUUGGAUAUGAAAGAAGAAGUAAGAGUUGCUUAGAUAGUUGUGAUGAUUUUUAUGAUAAGCAACUCUAUGGCUGGUACGGAUCUAUUAAAAGACAGUUUCAGAGGUCUCUAUAUCAAAUGCAGUAUAGUAGGCCUGUUCAAGUAACAUUCUUAACAAUUCUUAUUAUCUCAAUUGUUUUGGUUCUACUUCGUGUGCUGUGAGAAGCUAUUUUUCUUCACCAAGUGCUGGUAGCGUACUCGGUGUAUGACGUGAAUAGCAAUGAUUGAUGAUCGGAGCCAUAAUGGAGACAUCUUUGUUUUACCACACAGGUUCUUGUACAUUAAACAUUUUGUAACAUGCAUGUAGCCAUAGUUGAAACUUGAGAUACUCGAGUCACUGUUGUUUACCAAAAUUUAUUUAGCUGAUGAAGAGUUUAUUCCGUGUAGUACUUUCCCCAGUGACAAAAAUGGGUCCUUUCUGGAUGCCCACUUAUUUUAUUUUUGUAACCUUAAAUGAUAAAAAGUACCAAUUUUGAGAGUUA